AAGCCACAUGAUGCAGAUGCAGCUCCUCCCUUACGUUAUAUCCUGCCCCGAACCGGUCAGAGGCACUGCCUGGGAGAGAGGCGUGCAGCGAUUGUUCACCACUCUGGGCUGAUCUCCUUCGCAACUGACUAGCUGGGCCCUUCUUCCAAAGAGACGAGAGACCUACAAGGUACAGUUCACUCUUCCUGUGAGCCUGGAACAGCGGGUGAGAGGAAGGGCUGGUACAGCUCUCCCUCAACACUGAGCCAUUGAAGUCACAGUGGAGAAUCCAGUGUCUGGCUGGCUGAAGGGCAGAGAAGAUUUGUGGAUCUGUGCUUUUUAAUUUGUACGUAAGCGAUCUAGAAUUUGGGGUUAUUGCCAAGUGCUGGCUGCCAUGGUCUGUCUCACUGUCAUCCCCAAAAGCUCACUGGCCGACUCACCAGUAUCGAUUCGUGCCUCUGGCCUACAUCCCUCCCAGCUGGUAACGCUGCAUGCAUUACUCACAGAUGACAAGGGAGAGAAGUUUGAAUCCAGAGCCUUCUUCCAAGCGAACCUCUCUGGGGAAGUGGAUGUGAAGCAGGCUCCUGCUCUGGGCGGUGACUACACAGGUGUUUGGUCCAUGGGUCUCUUCUGCUCCCUGAAGCCGGAGAAGCUGUUCUACAGACUGAUGAAACGCGAUGUGAUGGGCAGCCCUUUCCAUGUUCAGAUCAGCCUCUUUGACUCUGUUGUGCCUUUACCCAAGGAGGCACCGCUGGCUACCUGCACUGUGGAGAGAUGGUACGCAGCCCCUGGAGUGGAACGUUUCCAUAUCAAGACAGGCCGAGUUCGGGGGGCCCUUUUCUUGCCACCAGGGCCCGGGCCAUUUCCAGGGGUGAUUGACCUUUUUGGUGGGUCUGGAGGCCUCAUUGAGUUUCGAGCUAGCUUACUGGCCAGUAAAGGCUUUGCUGUUUUAGCUCUGGCUUUCUUUGCAUAUGAUGACCUACCACAGACCCUGAUAGAAGUGGAUCUGGAAUAUUUUGAGGAAGCAUCCAUACUGCUCUUAAAACAUCCUAAGGUAAGGGGCCCAGGACUUGGUGUCAUUGGGCUGUCCAAAGGAGCAGAAAUUGCACUUGCCAUGAGUAUCUUCUUACAGCACAUAGUGGCGGUUGUGUGCAUCAAUGGUGCCACAGCUCUGAUUGGCAUACCACUCCGGUUUCACGACAUCUAUAUCCCUGCUGUUCCCUACCCUGCGGCAAAGACUCUAAUCACUAAAAUGGGAGCAAUAGCCACCCUCUAUGUCUUGGAUGUUCCUCAGGAUGAAAAGCAUCAAGUGUCUGCCAUCCCUGCGGAGAAGGCUCGGGGGCAUGUGCUCUUUGUGGUGGGAGAAAAUGACCAAAGCAUAAAUAGCAAAUCGUUUGCUGAGAUGUCCAUAGCCAGAGCAAAGAAGUAUGGGAAAAAUAAUGUUACCUUGCUGUCUUAUCCAGGGGCUGGGCACCUCAUGGAACCCCCUGGAUCCCCACUUUGCUACAGUUCCACCAUCCGUGGGUCUUCCCUGGCUAUGCUUUGGGGAGGUGAAACAGAGCCCCACACCAAAGCACAAGAGCACUCCUGGAAGGAGAUCCAGAAAUUUCUUGAGCUUCAUCUUGGGCCAGUUGGAAAGAGCAAUUUGUAAUAACAGAAGAAGAAAGGCCAGCUCAGACAGCUUCUUCUCGUCCUCCAGGCUCAAUCAAAUAAAUCAGCCCCUACACAGGAGACAGACUGGAGUGAGAAUAUCCUUGCAACAUGGUAUUUCUAGAGCCCUCAUCAGAAAGACAAAUGUGUAUUAAGAAUCUGACACAGUGAUAGACUUCUGGAAAUUGCGUUCAGUCAUUCUGUCUGUCUCACGCUUCUGUAAGGUUGAUUGGUGUCACUUUGAUGCAGUUGCCCAUCUGUAAAAUGGGGACACUAUUUUUCCCCGUUCUGCCAUAUCUUCUAAACUGUUUUGGUGAGAUGGAAAUUUCAACCUCUGCCAGGCUAGCCCAUGACAAAUAAAACAGACCACGACUGCCGUCCUAGGCUCCUUUGGGAGGAAGGGUGAGAUAUACAUUUAAAUAAAUAAAGGAAACACAAACAGCGAUUGACCAGAUCACAGGGAAAGGUGACAGAAAAAGGUGCCAAAUUUAAAAUGUGCCAACUUUUGACUGGAAAGAAAGAAUCGGAAGAACACUUAAGUGUACACUCCCUUUGCAUCCCCAGCUUGAAUUCAAGCUGGGCUGUGCAGGCCUCUUCUGCAUUGGUUUCUAAGGCAGAGUGUGUUAGUAAAUCAGCCAACACUGUUUCCUCUCCUCCGCCCUCCCACUGCCCACCUUUCAUAUUGAAUUUAAUCUCACAAUGAUCAUACUUACAGACUAGCUGCAGUUCAAGAACAUUCAGUAGCAUCUGCCUGGAAGGCAGUCCAAAAUGGGAGGCCAUUCCAAGCAAUACAUCCCUGUACAUGAAACAGGAAUCAGUUAUGAUGAUGCAAGAACUAAGCUGUUUUUCCUUGAGGCAAGCCCACACAGAUGGAAUCUUCAUGUGAACGGCCCAAUCACAUGGGCAGGGCAGGCGGGUGGGUCUUUCCAUGAAGUUGGUGUCUUCUCUUCUGGCAGAGUGCUGCUCCUUUGAAAACAUCUUGGGUGCUUGGUCCAGCUUUACCCUUAUGGUUGUGCAGACUACAUGCACCCUCAGCCAUGGGAGAUUGCCUCAUGGAAAAGAAAGAUCUGCAAAAGGUCUUAGUAAAUAAUCCCCUCAAAAAUCCAUACUGCACAAGAGACUGCUUGCUCUUCCUCCUCAGUUCCUGUUUGCACUGGCUGAGCCUCCCCUACAUUGAGCACUUAAAAAUGCCCCCUUAAAAAUGCCAACAUUUCACUGCAUGCCAGGAUUGGACAUCCAUUCUCCCAAGUUUUCUGAACAAAGGAGAGGUACAAAGACCUGUCUCUGAGCAAGCACGGCAGUGGCUGAUGUAGGUACCUUUUCCCCGACUGGGGGGUGGGGGGGCGCCUUGUUUGCCAUUUUGUGACUGGUGCCCAUGGCACUUCCUCAACAUUCCAAAUGUGCUCACUGGUUCAAAAAGGUUGCCAACCCAUGAAUGGGGGGGGGAAAGCUUUCUACCAAGGCUCUAGCAAGCCCCUUCCUAAAUUAAGCACUACCUGCUACAGGCAGCCCACCAAAAAUGGAUUCAAGUAGACCAGUGCAGCCUUGCUUAGUAGCACCAUUUCUAACUGUUGUUAAGCACUUAGAGCCAUCAGGAAAGUCCAGUGGUGAUCAGAGAGGCCUGAACAUAACUGUGGCCACUUGUUGCACACGAGGAGGUGAGACCAAUAUCCAAAGCAAAUUUAGGUUUUGAUGGAGCAGUGAUUAUUUAUGCUUCAGAAUAAGAUACAAGGUUCCUUCCCCUCUGAAGGCUGACCAUCUUGAUUUUAAUUCACUUUGCAGAGAUUGCACAGUUAGUUCAAAGAGAAACAAACCAAUGUGUAGAACAUUAAGCUGAAAAAAGUAAAGAAAGAUGGUGGAGCAGUGCUGAUAAAGACCAUUGAGUCUGUCAGUGAAUGAUGAGAUAAAGGGAAGAAGAUGUGGCAGAUAAACAGGAAAGUGAAGAAUGAGAAUAUGCAUUUUAAAUAGACAAUCUGAUAGUUACUGGUGCUUCGAGGGUCAUGGCAACAGGGUCCCCCCCCUUUAUUGGAUUUUCUGCAGAAAGGGACAAUUCUGAUUAAAUUGCGCGGUGCUGGCAUUUUGAUAUCAGCAGCAUCAUGUGGGCACUGCAAAAGUGUUUUGUAAGCCUGACAUUACCACCAUUUCAUUUAUUGCUUGGAAGAAAGUCACGAAGAACUGACACCCAGGCUGCAACCCUAAUCCCAUCUACCAGGAGCUAAAUCCCAUUUAAUUUAGUGGGACUUACUUUCUGAGUAAACAUGCAUAGGAUUGUACUAUUAAUAGUUGUUGCAUAGCAACUGUCACUUUACUUUGUACAUCUAAGGGAUUUUAUUUCCCAGCCAUAUAUGCAAUAUGAGGCAUUUAACUUGAGUUUUUGUAUCUUCUCUCUUUGUCCACCAGAUGCCCCCAGGGAGCUGAUUUGUACAUCAGCAACACUGCUUCUAAGGCUCACUUGAGAUCAAAAAGGCAGAGGCCUUUGCUGCCGUUUUUAAAACAUUCCAAUAAAAGACAGACAUUUAUGGCAGUUA